CUGUGUCUUAAGUUGCUGCUUUAUGUUAUUGAUUUAAAAAAAAUCUUUUAAAGUAGAAACUUUUGUUUGAAAAGAAAACUUUAAUUAAUUGUUACCGGAAAUACGGCCUGGCGACGAAAGUCAAACCCGCCCAUCUAAAUCAAGUAACACAGAUCGAAGGGGUCGAAAUAGAACUUUAGCACCUGACGCCAUAGAAAAAAAAAGCGAAGAAAAGAAACAAAAACUUCCAAUCGUCCUUUCGGAAGUUAGUAGUCAACAGAAGAUUCAGUAAAACUUUAUGAACAAUAAAAGUUUUAAGAGAAUAAUCGACAAGAACUUCAGUAAAAUGAUUUAUGUUUUAGUCAUGUUGACAGUGAUUCUUGGGGUUAUUGAAUCUGCUAUCAUUCAAUUUCCAAACGCACAAGAAGAAGGCACAAGUAUCACUCCAGCUUUUAAACUUUAUAAGGAUAAAACAUUUACACAGGAACUAAAAAGUCUACCGAAGUUUACUUCCGAUGAAAACCUGUUUAUUGAGAUUUCCGUUAAAGCGAAUGUUAAGUUGGUGUUGCAUCAAUGUUGGGGAAGUCCCUCUAAGUCGUCAACCGAUCCCACCAGAUUCACAUUCAUUCAAUCCGGUUGUGCUUUCAACCAUCUCGUUUCCACUCAAAUUCUAAUGAACGGGGUUUCAAGUAAAGUUCAAUUUACGCACAAAGUUUUCCACUUCAAUGUCGACCAAGCGGAAACUUACAUUCACUGUACAAUAGAAUACUGCGCUACCGAACCUUGUCAACCUGUAGAACUGUUCUUCCAGAAGAAAAAGAAACUUGCUUGAAAGACGUACCAUACUUAAAAAUGAUUAUUUAGAAAAAACUUUUUUUGUUAUAACAGUUUGAGGAAAGAUCGAUUGUUUUACUUAAAGUUGUAUAGGUUUGUAUUAGAGAUUUAAACGUACCCUGUGUGCCACAUUCCUUUACUUUAUAUACCUGUGUGUAUAGUACUGUUGGCAAUGUGACGUUUUUACACUAUAGGGUAAUGCAUGGAAAACCGAUUGGCGUAUGCGCUUCCAAAUAUAUUAAUACUGUUAUUGCAUUACAUAAAAGGGAUAUGACCGAUAUCUUACGGAGAA